UCUAGGACCCAUCCAGAUGGAUAUCUCCGUUCACCAUCCUUUCUUCCGCAGGCCCUUGUUGUCCGCCCUGUCGCCGAGCCGCAUCUUCAACCAGGCUUUCGGGGACCACCUUGCAGAAACGGAGCUGUUCUCCAGCGGCUCGGCGCUCAGCCCUUUCCUCUUCAGACCCUCCUUUCUAAGGAUCCCCGGCUGGCUAGAGAACAGAUUCUCAGAGCAGAUGCGACUGGAUAAGGACAAAUUCUAUGUAAAUAUCGAUGUGAAGCAUUUCUCUCCUGAGGAGCUAAAAGUCAAGGUUCUGGGAGAUGUGAUCGAAAUCCAUGGGAAACAUGAGGAACGACAGGAUGAACAAGGCUUCGUAGCCAGAGAGUUCAACAGGAAAUACAAGAUCCCAACUGAUGUGGAUCCCCUCUCCAUCACUUCCUCCCUCUCUUCUGAUGGUGUCCUCACAGUGAAUGGACCAAGGAAACCAACGGAAGUCCCAGAGCGUACCAUCCCCAUCACCCGGGAGGAAAAACCUGCCCUAGCAGCGGGGCAAAGGAAGUAAACGGCUCUUUCAGAC